AUGAUUGCUCUUCUGUUGCUUGGAUACAGGAACUUGACCAUCAGUGAGCAGCGUGCCAUUAUGGCCGAGAGUGAGAUAUACGAUCUCGAUGUAUAUAAAGCAUUUACUGAAUGCACAGACUUUGGUGCAAUGUUCAUGAACCCGAUUGUAAAUAAAAUUGGAUACACAACUUUCGAUCUUCAAGCUGGCGAAUCCGUUUGCAUUGUUGGAAGUAUGGUUAUUGGAGGCUCUGGUAGUUAUCAUGUUGAUGCUGCCAUUGCCAAAUCUACAGAUGACGGACCUAAGUGGGAAACAAUAUCUAAGGAUAAUGCAAUUUUCGUUGUCCCAGAUGUCAAAGCUAAAGUUGAUUUCUCCAAAGUUAAUUAUGUUGAAUUAGCUCAAGACUUAUUCAGCUUGGUUACAGUACUUGCACCUCCUGUUUCUAAGAUCAAAUGCAACGAUGGCGCGGCCUGCACAGUUCAAAUUCACCCAGUUCCACCUUCCUACUCUAUUGAUAUCAAGAAUUCAGAAGUAUACAAUGUUGAUGUUAGCUUCAAGCUUAAGAACGUCUUCUCGACCAAGGAAUCCGGAUCAUUCGAUAUCAAGUACAAGACUAGUGGAGAUAUCUCGGCUACAUCAUUUAAAGCAUCAAUUGAUUUCACACAAGGUCUUUACUUAUCUUCAACAAAGAAGAAGUUCACAUAUUCCAGAGACGAGAAAGUUGAUUUCAUAGCAGGUAACGAUGACAACAGAGACACAUACCUAUUUAUUCCAUGCCAUGAAGAUAAGGAAGGAACAAUCGCAACAUCGAAAAGCAAUUGGUUUAUUCCAUUUUUCAAUGUGAAAGAUAUUUUCAGCAGCCUUUCAUUUUCUUUGAACCCAAUUAAAGAUAAUAUUGCAAAGGCUGUAAAUGUUAAUGGAAAAACAACCAUCUCAUGGUCUCCUGUAUCAUCUGCUGCAAGUACAACAGGAUCAAAAUCAAGUGACCCAGAUAAAGUGUACUACGAAGAAGGAACAUACAAUGUUCCAGAGAAAGGUGGUGCUUAUGAUAAAGAUGAUGUCAAGGAAUCCAGCAGCAGCAGUGAUGAUCCAUGGUAUAUCAAGUACAAGACAAUCUUGAUCAUUGUUGGUGCUGUCAUUGUUGUGGCUAUUGUUGCAACUCUCACUGUUAUCAUAUUGAUGAAGAAGAACAAGAAGAAUAACAAUAAAAGUGGCAACGGAAAUAAAGGUGCUGAUGCAGUUUAA